CCCUAUUUCCACAGCUCUCUCUCCAUCUCUCCAUCUCUCCAUCUCUCUCUCUCUCGGCUUCUGCAACGCAGCAACAUAUUUUUCUCAAGAAAUAAACAAAAUGGCAUCAAAAAAGGUGUUGUCUUUGGUCCUUCUCUGCACAAUCACGGUCUCUUGUUGUAUCUGGGCAGAGGGUGCCUCCCACCGCCACGCCUCAGCCCCAGCACCCUCAGUGGACUGCACCACUCUGGUGCUGAGCAUGGCUGACUGCUUGUCGUUCGUUUCAAACGACAGCACUUCAAAAAAGCCAGAAGGGACUUGCUGUUCUGGUUUGAAAACGGUGCUGGGCACUGACGCUGAGUGCCUCUGUGAGGCCUUCAAGAGCAGUGCUCAAUUUGGUGUCGUCUUGAAUGUCACUAAGGCUCUAGCUCUCCCUUCUGCUUGCAAAAUCAAAGCCCCUCCUGCGUCUAACUGCGGAUUGACCACACCUAGCCCUGCUGGUGCCCCUGUAGGAUCUGCUGCAGCCGGACCGUCUGUGAAUGGUGUAUCCAAUGAGCUAGCACCAGCUCCAUCUCCAGGUUCUUCCGGUUCUAAUGGAUUAUUUGUCUCCGCCGGAUCUUUAAUCGUCGGACUUGUAGUUGCAUCUUUCUCUAGUUUCUGAAAAACCGAGGUGCUAUUUUGUGAUGAGAAGAAGAGAGGAUGGCUUAUGAGGGAGCUAAUUUGAUGAUUAGUAUGAACUUUUGGUACUUAGGGUGCUUGCCUUUCUUUAGCUGUUGACAUGAGCAGAUACACAUUUGUUUUGAGGGUCACUACUGAAACUCGUUUGUGAUGUGGAUAUCGUUUUGAGAUAUGAGUCUUGCUUAUCUCCAUGUUCUGUAUUUUUUUAAAUUAUUUGUGCUUCUGUUAUUUAUGAGAUAUGAGUCUUGAUUAUUUUUUUAAA